CUCCACCCUCGCGCUUUGCUUGCCCAGACGCCACCAAAAGGAUCUCUAAACGCUGGAGAGAAAGAUCUAAGUCUGGACCAGCUACUGACAGCAAUAAAGGGGACUGAAGAUUUGGGGAGAUUAUACCUCUCCCUAAAAGGAGGGUUAACCUCUGGAUCCCAAUGAUCCAAACUAUCAGACCCAAGGAACAAACAUCUCUCCUGCGGUGAUGAACAUGGGAAUGGGGUGUCUAUUCCCCAACACCACCCAGGCACAGGCUGUGUGAUGUGUGAAUUGUGAACUUACCUUUAGGACCAAUACUUCUCAAGAGUUAGCUUGGAUUAACACUAUGAUGGAGGAGCCUAUGCCAAUGGAGGAGAAGAGUCAGCCACCAAGUCCUCAUCAAGGAUCUCUCAGAAAGGCAGUGGCUGCUGCACUGGCUCUUGAUGGAGAAGCCACAAUGGGCAGAAGAAAGAAGAAAAAGAAGGAAUCUCGGCCUGAAUCUAUUAUUGUCUACAGGUUAGAAAAUGAGAAAGCAGAUGAGAAACAGGGGGAAUAUGAAGAAGGAGAAUGUUCCGUAGAGGAGGAGGGGGACAAAUUCCUUGGUCAUCCUAUGGCUGAGGGUUUAUGGAACAUGCCCCAGGACAGUCGCUAUGUUACAUUAACUGGCACCAUCACUCGGGGGAAGAAAAAGGGUCAGAUGGUAGACAUCCAUGUUACUUUAACAGAGAAGGAGCUGCAGGAAUUGACCAAGUCCAAAGAGUUAGUUAAUGAAGCCACGCCUGAGGGAAAGAAGACCUGCCAAAUAGGAGCUGACAGAGGUCCUCAUGUGGUCUUAUGGACAGUGGUCUGCCUGCCUGUGGUUUUUGUCCUUUCUUUCAUUGUUUCUUUCUACUAUGGGACCAUCACUUGGUACAACAUUUUCCUGGUAUACAAUGAGGAGAGGACCUUUUGGCACAAGAUUUCCUGCUGCCCCUGCCUCAUCCUCUUUUAUCCAGUCCUCAUCAUGGCUGUGGCCUCUUCCCUGGGCCUCUAUGCUGCUGUAGCUCAGCUCUCGUGGUCCUGGGGUGCCUGGUGGCUGGCUGCCCGGGACAUGGAGAAGGGCUUUUGUGGUUGGCUCUGUAGCAAGCUUGGCCUGGAAGACUGCUCACCCUACAGUAUCGUUGAACUGCUUGAGUCUGACAACAUCUCUGGCAGCCUCUCCACCAAGGAUCCCAUCCAGGGGGAAGAAACCUCUGCUGUCUAACCACCCCAGUUCCCCCUGCACUCAUUCCCUUCCAGAGUAGGUCAACAGUAUUACUCGUUAUGUGCCAUUUCAAAGUUAUAAGGAGUACAGGAGAAAACUACCUUAACCGAUGAUAGCCUUUUGUUCUUCUGAAUGAGAUUAGCUUUCUCUAGACAUUCCUUCCAAGCUCCUACUUGGGUGACUCAAUCCUAGAGUACCAUGGUGAUAAGGACAGAGGCAGAUGAGGGUGGAUGAAUGGGUGGGGAAAUAAUGCAGUCCAUUGUCUUUCUUCCUACUUCAAUGUAAGGAAGAUGACGAUAAUGACUUUCUUACAGCAGCCUAGAUCCUGCCUCAGUUUCUAAUUUGGCUUCAUUCUUCAAACCUAGGACAGUAUGUGACUCAGGUGACUAUGUAGGGAAAGGGAACCAAAAGGAAUCCAAGUUAAUAGAAUUGGGGUAGGAGGUAGGAUACAAGGUCAAACAUUUAAGAAGGGAACAACCAUCACACUUCUAAGGGCUACAACAGCAAAUAGCUUGAAAUAUGAAGGAAGUGACUAUCCUGAUCUUUGAGAGAUUAGCUCCAAAGGAUGAUAGUAUUGAUUUUUCUUCAAGCUGCAUAUUGCAGAAAGGGGGUCUAGAGAAAUAGCAGUGUAUACUUUGUAAAUAGAGGUACAUGAUAUCAUUUGUGCAGGGUGAGGGAUGGAUAGACAAACACUUGUGUAAUUAGCAGCAUAACCCUCUUGGAAUGAAGGCUGGAGUUGUGCCUGCUGGACUUACUAAACACAGUUCCAAGUAAAACAGUUAGCAACAAUGGCCAUUUAUCUGAAAAAAGUCAAAAGGCUUCCAGGGAGUUUAAUAAACCUAACCUUGGAGACAGGCAGAUUUUCCAGCAUUGAACAGCAAGCACAGUCUUGAAACUGAUAGAGAACUUUCAUUUGCCUUUUUGGCACCAAGAGGUUAAUGCCCCAAAUUAAUGUAGUUUUGGUCAUUCCCUGCCCCUAUAAAAUAGUCUAGUUUUUCACUCCUGCCCUUUUCCCUUUCUAAUACCUAAAGAUCUAUUUUCACUGUUUGAAAAUCUACUCUAAAAAAUAGGUUGUUAGAAGGACCAGUUCCUGUCUGAAGUAGCUCACCCUUCUUUCCUAUCCUUGCUCUAGGUCUAGAUUCUUGGGACAGCAGAGUACAGUGAAGCUAGCUCCUCACUCAGGGCAUAUCUGCCCUAGUUCUGGUGCUGAACCCCACACCCAGGGAGGCCUGGGAUAUGAUUUGGGGCUGUUUUUUAAUGUUUUAACUUUAACAAUACAUUUCCAAGGAGCAAAGAUAAUAACACUGGUGCUUUUUUGUGUGUUUUUGCAGAAUCUGGUACUCUUGUGUAAUAGAGACAAAGGAAAUAAAAAAUGCACAUAAUUUUAA